AUGACGUCUUGGAGGCAAGGAGAGCUCGGGAAGCGACCCGUUCGCAUUGCCAACUGUUCUGGCUACUGCGGCGACCCUGCGGAGGAGAUGCUGAAACAGGCAACUCUUGGAGAUAUCGACUUUACCACCAGUGACUACCUUGCGGAAGUCAGCCUAGCGGCAAACGCAGAGGCUUUCGCCAACGGAAAACACCCUGGAUACGAAGCCACUGCAUUGGAAGACUUGAAAAUGACUUUGGAUGUGAUCAAUACGAAGAGAAUCGAAGUCGCCCUCAACAGAGGUGCCCUCAACCCAAAAGGAUUGGCCGAAGCUGUCGCGGAGCUGGUCGAAGAGAGGAAUGCCACCUUGACUGUGGCAUAUAUCUCGGGUGAUGACGUCCUCGCCGACGUUCGUCGGCGCCUACAAAUUGCAGGAUCCUCCCCGUUGCCACAUCUCGACUCGGUGGGCGACGGCGUUCAGCUUGAGCCGGAAAUGAUGCUGCCCGCUGACAUGAAUCCCGACACAAUCGUGUCAGCCAACGCCUACUUGAGCGCCCGUGGAAUCGUUGCCGCAUUUAGGAACGGUGCUGACAUUGUCAUUGCAGGCCGGGUGUCUGAUGCCUCCCCCGUCAUCGCUGCUGCGUGGCACUGGUGGUCAUGGAGUGACACAGAUUACGACCAGCUAGCCGGAGGGUUGGUUGCAGGCCAUCUGAUUGAAUGCUCGGCAUACGUGACUGGAGGGAACUAUGCUGGUUUUACCGAUGCCAAGUAUGGCAGUUGGGAGCACGUCAUCCACCCAGGAUUUCCCAUUGCAGAAGUCGACGCAGAUGGAUCAUGCGUAAUAACGAAGCACCCCAGCACAGGUGGGUUUGUGGACGAAGAUACGGUAAAGUUCCAGCUCCGCUACGAGCUCCAGGGGAACGUCUACCUUCAUAGUGACUCGAACGCUGUCCUUGAUGAAGUCACUGUCAAGCAAGUUGAGCCAGACCGAGUUCAUGUUAGUGGAAUUCGGGGCCUACCUCCGCCUCCAUCGACAAAGGUGGCCAUCUUCUACAAGGGUGGUUACGAGUCUCAGUUGCUGCUGAACACAGCUGGAUAUGACUGGGAGGCAAAAUGUGACUUGCUCGAGAAGCAGGUGCGUCUUCAACUCGGGGACGAAGCCAACAACAUGGAUAGACUGGACUUCCAACGCCGAGACAGCUAUGAUACGGCCUCUCCGGUCGCGCUCACUGGCCCGAAGAGGAAGAUCAAACUCGGAGACGUGGCACUUGCACGAUCCGGCGACAAGGGUGACAACCUUAACGUGGGAGUAUUUGUACGCACUCAGCGUCAGUGGGACUGGCUGCGGAUGUAUCUCUCGCGGGAACAGAUGUGGCACCUUCUUGGUGACGAUGCGGAUGACAGCUACACCAUCGAACGGGUCGAGUUUGGGCACAUCUUUGCUGUGCAUUUUGUGAUCUAUGGUAUCCUGGGCCGGGGCGUUAGCAGCUCGACCAGAUUGGACGCGUUCGGGAAGGGGUUUGCUGAUUACUUAAGGGACAAGAUUGUGGAAGUGCCAGAGGAACUUGUUGGGUGA